UCACACAAUACUUGUAUAAAAUUUGAUAUGAUGAUGAUGAUGAAUCAUAAUAUUUAUUGACUAGUUCAUACAGCAACAGCAGUCAAGUCUCAAUCCAGUGAAUUCAGUCGGUUCUAUUUGAGUGAGAAGAAACUAAAAAUAAAUAAACUCAGUUCAUCACCUGUUAUUUACUUUAAAAAUUAAUUAUACUUAUCAUUGUGUUGAUAAACAUUGAUUAUUUUGAUUAUUAAAUAUUAUUUUGAUAUCUGUAAAUAAGGUGAAUUUGUAUUAUAUUUUAUCAUGAGUUACUAUGGUAAUUAUCCUCAGCCUUGUGGCUAUGGAUGGAAUGAACAAGCAACACAACCUGCUGAUCCUGGUGAUGAUGUUUUUGUUAAAUCAGAAUGUGUUUCUAAACGUACAUUACCAUCAUUAUUUGCAAUUAAAGUGCUGGGAGAAAAAGGAUCUGGUCUACGAGCUCCUGGAUCUAUUCAGGAUUUUAAUCAACUACGUCAAGAAUGUCUAUCUGGUGGAUAUCUCUUUGAAGAUCCAGAAUUUCCAGCAAAUGAUUCAUCAUUGUUUUAUUCAAGACGACCAGAUCGUUAUAUAGAAUGGAAAAGACCAAUGGAAAUUGCUGCUAAUCCACAAUUAUUUGUUGAAGGAUUUUCAAGAUUUGAUGUACAACAAGGUGAACUUGGUGAUUGUUGGUUAUUAGCAGCUGUUGCUAAUCUCACCAUGUAUCAGCAUUUAUUUUUUCAAGUUGUACCUGAAGAUCAAGAUUUUGAUGAUAACUAUGCUGGGAUAUUUCACUUCAGAUUUUGGCAGUAUGGUAGAUGGGUAGAUGUUGUUAUUGAUGAUCGUUUACCAACUUACAAUGGUGAAUUAAUGUACUUACAUUCAGCUGAAAAGAGUGAAUUUUGGAGUGCAUUAUUGGAAAAAGCAUAUGCUAAACUUCAUGGUUCUUAUGAAGCAUUAAAAGGUGGUACAACAUGUGAAGCAAUGGAAGAUUUUACUGGUGGUGUUACAGAAAUGUAUCAAAUGGAAGAAACACCAUCAAAUUUAUUUAGUAUAUUAUUAAAAGCAUAUGAAAGAAAUUCAAUGAUGGGAUGUUCAAUUGAACCAGAUCCAAAUAUUUUAGAAGCUGAAACACCACAAGGUUUAAUACGAGGACAUGCAUACAGUAUAACUCGUGUUAAAUAUGUUACUAUUGAAACACCAAAUCAUCCAAAGGGUGGUCAAAUACCACUUUUACGUUUAAGAAAUCCAUGGGGUAAUGAGGCUGAAUGGAAUGGACCAUGGAGUGAUCAAUCACGAGAAUGGAGACUUAUACCAGAUGAUGAAAAAGAAGAACUUGGUUUAACAUUUGAUAUUGAUGGUGAAUUUUGGAUGUCAUUACAAGAUUUUAAAAAUUUUUUUACAAAUUUAGAAAUUUGUAAUUUAAAUCCAGACUCAUUGACUGAGGAUGAUUUAACUGCUGGUAAAAAAAGAUGGGAAAUGAGUGUAUUUGAGGGUGAAUGGGUUAGGGGUGUUACUGCUGGUGGUUGUAGAAAUUUUUUGGAAACAUUUUGUCAUAAUCCACAGUAUCGUAUUACACUUGAAUAUCCAGAUGAGGAUGAUGACAAGUGUACUGUUAUUGUUGCUCUUAUGCAAAAAAAUAGAAGAGCUCAAAGAAGAAUGGGAGCUGAUUGUUUGACAAUUGGAUUUGCAAUUUAUCAUCUGGAUCAUCCUGAUCGUUUACCAAAACCAUUGGAUAUUAAAUUUUUUAAAUACAAUGCAUCUGUUGCAAGAUCACCAUCAUUUAUUAAUCUUCGUGAAGUUAGUUGUCGUUUUAAACUUCCACCUGGUUCAUAUUGCAUUGUACCAAGUACAUUUGAUCCAAAUGAAGAAGGAGAAUUUCUUCUUCGUAUAUUUUCAGAAAAUAAAAAUAACAUGGAGGAAAAUGAUGAUAAUGUUGGUGUUGGUGAAAUUGAUGACAGGGUUCGUGAACAACCAGAGCCAAAUCGUGACGAGGAUAAAGUUCGUGAUUUCUUUAGAAAACUUGCUGGUGAUGAUAUGGAAGUAGACUGGAUGGAGUUGAAAGAAAUUCUUGAUUAUGCCAUGCGAGUCGACCUUCCAUCUUCCUCACAACCUACCGAGGCACGUCAUACAGCUCCAGAUAAUCCAGAAAAUGGCUCACUCAUCGAUACACUCAUCUCAAUACUGUGUGGUAUUAUAUGCAAUAAUGAGCAAUUUAAUAAAACUGAUAACGUUGUAGAAAUGCAUAAUGAAGGAUUUAGCAAGGAUAUUUGUCGUAGCAUGGUGGCAAUGAUGGAUACUGAUCAUUCUGGAAAACUUGGUUUUGAAGAAUUUAAAACAUUGUGGAGUGACAUUAGAAACUGGAGGGCAGUAUUUAAAAUCUAUGAUAAAGAUAGUAAUGGUUAUUUGAAAUCAUUUCAAUUAAGAGAUGCUCUUUAUAGUGCUGGAUACAGAUUAAACAAUCAUGUUCUAAAUAUUCUUGUUCAUAGAUAUGGAACAAAAGAAGGUUUAAUACAUUUUGAUGAUUUUAUUAUGUGUGCUGUUAGAAUAAAAACAAUGAUUGGUAAGAAUGACUUUGAAUUCGAUGGAGAUGAAGCCUUUGCUGAUUAUUAAAAAAAAAUUAUGAAUAAUAUAAAAAAAAACAAACAUCUUUCGUGAACGAGAUCCUGAUCAUACUAAUUCAGCAACUUUUACAAUGGAAGAGUGGGUGGAAAAAACACUGUACUCAUAAAAAGUUGAUUAAUCAAUUAUCGCUAUUCAUUAUUAUAUAUUAAUACUCGGUUGUUAUGAUAAAAUGUCAUUGAUACUUGCAUUAACAGUAUCAAUCUUUUCAUUAUAAUUAACAUUUAAUUAUUACUAAUUUAAUCUAACAUGUGUCUAUCUGGUAUAUUGCAUUUUUUUCGUAUAAGAAAUUUAAAAAAAAAAAAAACAAAAUUCAUCAUGUUUUCGUACUUUGUUGUUAACUCUUAAUAUAUAUUUCAUCAGGGAAUUUAUAGAGUGUUAAUAUAUAUUCUAUAAGUUAUUUGUAUG